CAUCUAGAUGCAGGUAUCGACUUUAUCAACACAGCUAGCUUCAAGUACUUCUGUCUUUCUCUCUCUAUUUCUCUUCCAUAUAUACUGGGAAUAUUAUUGAACAGAUCAAGACACCCCCAUAAGCAGCAAAACCUUAUAAGAGAAAAAAAAAUAUAUUCUUCACACUCGAUCUUGUGUGUUCGUAUAUUAAUUAUUCCCUUUUGUUUCUUUCUUAUUGCUAUCAAUGGCGACUAAAGAAUUAUUUCACUCAUCAGAUCAAGAAGAAGCAGUAAAUGAAGAAAGCACUCUACUGCAGCAUGAGGUAGAUCCAUACGAAGAAGAAGAAACUCUAUCUCUUUCUGACCUUCCAAUUUACAGUGGCGCCUCAAUUUCAGCUAGAUGGGGUGGUGAUUUCUCCAAAGAAGAUGGAAAAAACUUUGUUGACGAUGACGACGAUAAUUUGUUCGAGUUCUUCAGUGAAGAAUUCACCGCAUCAUCAACCAAUUAUGCAACCGCAGAGAAUAUAAUCUUCUGCGGCAAACUCAUCCCCUUCAAAGAUAUUAAUCCUCCACGUGGUGAUCAGAGCAAUAUCAAUGUCCAAAAGGGUAUUACAAAACGCAGUUCAAAGGGUUCAAAGAGUAGUUUUGCAGCCAGUGACUACUCAUCAUCGGUUGGGAAGGUGUCACUGGUGAGGAGUCCCACAAAGUCAAGAUGGUUUUUGUUCAUGUUUGGGAUGUCAAAGUUGUCCAUCACCACUGAGAUGGAACUCAAAGACAUUAGAAAUAGGCAAAGCCGCCGUCGGAGGGGACCCACGGCGACGAUGAUGAUUCCGGCUGCGCCGGAAAAUGGAAAAGAAGAGGUGGUUGCUGUGAAGGAGAAGAGAAGCAGCUGCAAAGGGAUGUGGAAGAUGUUCAGGUCAAUCUCUAUGGUGUUAGGUUGCCAUAGUAGUAAUAAGAUUGCAAACGACGUAGUAAAGGCUGCUUUUGUGUGACUUUUUUGAACGUGUCACGUGCCUGUAGAACAUGCACCUACUACUCCAAUUUGAUCCGCACUUAGGGUUCAUGAAGUUAGUUAGCUAGGGUUCAAAGGUUUUGUACUUGAAUUUAAUUUAUAUAUUGAUUGAUGUUAUUAUAUAUAUAAAUUAAACUCAAAGUA